AUGUGGACGCAGGAUCCGCCCAAGAAAAAGCACAAAACCCGGCCCAUAACCCAGCACGAUUUGCUGGCCCUGGGCUACGCGCGGUGGCGGCUCCACGGGGCUCCCCGCGGCGCCCGUCGCAGUCCCGAAGACCCCUGGCCCGGGGUAUCGAUACUGAAGCCUCUGGUUGGGGUGGACUGCAACCUCGUGUCCAACCUGGAAACGUUUUUCACCAUGAACUAUCCCGCGUACGAGCUUUUGUUUUGCGUGGCCGAGGAAACGGACCCGGCAUUGGUCGUGUGUCGGGCCCUGUUGGACAAGUACCCCAAGGUCGACGCCAGGAUCUUUGUGGGUGGCGAGAAGGUCGGAGCCAACCCGAAAAUCAAUAACAUGGAGCCUGGAUACAAGACAGCCAAGUAUGAUUUGGUGAUGAUCAGCGAUUCAGGGCUGCGAAUGCGCGAGGACACCCUAACAGACAUGGUGUCACACAUGGGUGAGAAGGUCGGGCUUGUGCAUCAAAUGCCCUUCGUUUGCGACAGGGACGGAUUUCCUAGUGUUCUUGAAAAGGUUUACUUCGGGACGUGCGUGGCGCGGAUUUAUUUGGCGGCGGAUUUGCUGGGCAUCAACUCCGUGACGGGCAUGUCGUGCAUUUUCCGCAAGUCAAUCGUGGACGAACUCGGGGGAUUGAAGGCGUUCGGCUGUUACCUGGCCGAGGACUAUUUCCUGGGACUAGGCAUUCAGAAGAAGGGGUUCAAGCUUCGGGUCACGUCGCAACCCGCGUGGCAGAACCCCGGGCCGAGUGAUAUUCCGUCGUUCCAGGCCCGGAUACGAAGGCAUGUGUUGUACAUUUCGCGGAAUGAUGGAUUCUUUUCUCACGAUAAUAACACUUUUACUUAUUGCAGGUGGACCCAGCUUAGGAUAGCCAUGGUGCCCACGACGAUAUUGCUGGAGCCCCUGCAAGAAUGUGUGGUGCUGGGGUUGUGCACGGCCUGGGCCGGGCACGCCCUGUUCCACUGGGACCCGCUCGUGUUCUUCCUGGUCCACUCCUUGUCCACCAAGGACGAGCUGAUGACGGAGGAGUGCAGGCAGUUGCCUCUGACCGAGUGGAAAAGGUUCAGGCUCAAGGACGAACGGACCGACAAAGCGCUUAAGCUGCGCAAGGCGGUUAAGGAAGUCCGGAUCGUGGAUCCCGUGAUCCGGUGGCGGUCCGGCGCCUAUCGGCUCAACUGGGGCGGCGUUAUUCGGGAGACGCCGGUGGCCGUGGCUCAGUUAUCGUCGCCGGCGCCGCUUGGGACCAAGGUCGCCUUGGCCGUGCCGAAAAAGCGGCGUCCGCCUUCGUCCGCGUGUGCCUCGUAUCCGACGUCGUCGUAUGGGCGGCCGCCGUUGCAACCCCUUGACCACGGGGCGCCGUGGUGA